AUGACAAGUGUUGAACACUAUGGCAUUCAUACUGUUAUCAACAAAACAAAUUUUAAGGAAAAUGUGAUUAUCAAAGAAUGUUCUGAUGUUGGCCGUUCACUCGUGGCUAAACGACCCCUUUCACCUGGUGACGUUGUUUUGGUUGAGGAACCUUUGAUUAAGUACGAUCUUCGACCGAAAUGUCGUUCAUCGAGAUCACCGUAUUACUCGAAAAAGAUUUGGAACUAUAUCGUAUCCAUCAUUGAAAAUGAGGAAAGGAAAGAAGAACAAUAUUCUUCCGAUGAUGACAGCUCUGGUGAAUAUGAUGAUACAGAAGAUAAUGAUUCGCAAGAUGAAGAUAAGGAUACAACCGAAUAUGAUUCAGAUUUUUGUCCUGGUGUCCCUGCAGCUAUUAUGGCUUAUCUUGAUAUUCACCCACCAGUAAAAUCCUUUUCUCGUCUUCGUAGACGUAGAACUUACAAUGAAAAUGACUUUGACUUUUUCUAUUAUCCAAAUACAGAUGUGGAAGCUGGUUGGUUUGAUCAUAGAACCAUUAAGCUAAUUCACAACGUAACGCAGAAAGUGGUGGAUACAAUUUCCUUGUUUGCCCAUGUUGACCCAUUCGACCUUCGUGGAUUUGUAUUAAAGAUCUACUCCAACGCUCAUACGGUUGCUUUGCCUCGAUCCCGAAUAACAGCUACCCACACGAAAAGGAAAUUUCGCCGAGAAUUUUAUAAAGCUAAAUUUGGUGACAAUGUAACGUACUGGGGAAACGAAGAUUCCACUAACGCUUCAACUACGCCUAUGAUUGCAUUACUAAGAUGGGGAUCGAAAUUUGCUCAUUCUUGCUCUCCUAACAUGUUUCUACGUUUUCAGCCGGAGCAGAACGCUAUGGUGUUUACAGUGAUUCGGCCACUUAAAGAAGGUGAAGUCCUCACUUUUUCUUAUUUACCAGAAGAUGACUCAACCUUGGGCGGUUUGAUUUGUGGCACCACUAUGGAUCGACGAGCCAAAUUACAAAAGUUCAAAUUUUUUGAUUGCAUGUGCGAACGGUGUCUCGACUGGGAUUGGUCAAGAGGACUCACUUGUGAAAAAUGCCAGGAACCACGCAAGUAUUAUCAUGGUCAAACUAAUGAUUGGGUGUGCUUUUCCUGCGGCAGUAAGACAAAUAGAGAGGAAAGCCAGCCCACAACAAACAGCUUCAUUGAUAAUGGCCGAGAACAAAAUGUACAACGUAUGGUGAUGGGAUUCUUUGCUCGUCUCAAUGGCAGUAGACCUGUGAGUAGAAGUAUGCUAAGCAUGCUUGAGCCUUACCUAUUGAACCUAUUAAGCCCUCCAACCGAAAAGAAGGGUGAGGUACCAGUUCCUAAGCAUCACUGGUCUUACAGCGUCAUCCAUUGUUUAUUGGCCACUUACCAUCUGAAGCUAUUUCCUCAAUCUUUUGGUAAAGGUCUCGCUUCUCAGAUGGGCUUGCUGACAAAAGGGUUAGAAGAAGCCUUAGUCUAUCUGGAGUUCUUAGACGAAUCUAUAUUCUCUCCGCGUGAUCAUCAUCCAGAAGCCACUUCGCCAGGAAACCCAAUAGCAGCUUUCUUUGCGGGAUGGCGUAUGCUGAGUACUGUUAUAGACUUUAUAAUGGAAAGCACAGAAAAUAAGUAUGCCAAUGUUACGUAUGAAGUGGAAGAUUUAUCAGAUAUUUCGGAUGCUGAAGAGUUUCCCAAAAAGAUUAACAAAGCUCCUCAGAACGUGAAGCCUGUGUUAAUAAAUAUGGAUGAAGAUUGGAUCAAACCCGUUAAGACGAUGUCAUAUAUCAUCAGCAAUAAAUGGAUACCCUUAAUUGAAAAAGUCUUCAAUUCUCAACAGCAAUUAGAAGUGAUUGAUGAUAUGAUUAGACGAAUGAAAUGUUUUACAGAAAGAGUUGAGUUGACCAGUAACUCAUCUGCUUUGAAGUAA